UCAAAGCCUGUAGGGGGAGCCCGCGGCAAGGCCGCAAGGGGCCCAGGCUACCGGAGCCAGCUGGGCCUGCUCCGUACCGCUUCUUUCGGCCUCUUCUUCUCUAUCGUGCGCUCUCCGUCUCCAAGCCGUCCCACUUUCGCAUCACACCUCACCCGCCUGCGCGGCCGGACUGCGUCACCCGGACAAGAUGGAGACCGCCGAGGAAGACAUAUGUAGAGUAUGUCGAUCUGAAGGAACUCCUGAAAAGCCUCUCUAUCAUCCAUGUGUAUGUACUGGCAGUAUUAAAUUCAUUCAUCAAGAAUGCCUACUGUCCAUCUUUAUCUAUUCUUGAGCCCAAGAAAACAUAUUAUGUACCAUCUUCACAUCUUCACCUUCAACUCUUAGUCCAAUGGCUCAAACACAGCAGAAAAGAAUACUGUGAAUUAUGUAAACACAGAUUUGCUUUCACACCAAUUUAUUCUCCAGAUAUGCCUUCUCGGCUGCCAAUCCAAGAUAUAUUUGCAGGAUUGGUUACAAGUAUUGGCACAGCAAUACGAUACUGGUUUCACUAUACUCUUGUGGCCUUUGCAUGGUUAGGAGUUGUACCUCUUACAGCAUGCCGUAUCUACAAGUGCUUGUUUACUGGCUCUGUGAGCUCACUACUGACGCUGCCAUUAGAUAUGCUAUCAACGGAGAAUUUAUUGGCAGACUGUUUGCAAGGUUGUUUUGUUGUGACAUGCACACUCUGUGCGUUUAUCAGCCUUGUAUGGUUACGUGAACAGAUUGUCCAUGGAGGUGCACCACAGUGGCUAGAACAGAAUCAGCAGCAAGCCAUUAAUGGUGUUGGGCAACAGAAUGAGGCUCAGGGUGUAGGAAAUGCUGGUGCUGAAAAUGCUGUACUUGAUCAGCCUGUGGACCAGCCUGCUGAGAAUGUAGUUGUAGGUGAAAAUCCAGAAAUUCUAGAAGAACAGCCAGAUGAAGAAGAAGAAGAUAAUGAAGAUGAAGAAGAUGUUGUAGUUGAAGAUGCAGCAGAUGCAAACAAUGGAGGACAAGAUGACAUGAAUUGGAAUGCAUUGGAAUGGGAUCGAGCAGCAGAAGAACUUACGUGGGAGAGAAUGCUUGGACUUGAUGGAUCCCUAGUUUUUUUGGAACAUGUGUUUUGGGUGGUAUCGUUAAACACACUAUUCAUACUUGUCUUUGCAUUUUGCCCCUAUCACAUCGGACACUUCUCUAUAGUUGGGCUUGGCUUUGAAGAAUAUGUUCAAGCGUCUCACUUCGAAGGCCUAAUCACAACCAUCGUUGGCUAUGUGCUGCUGGCAGUCUCAUUAAUUGUCAGUCAUGGUGUGGCAGCGCUUGUAAAAUUCCAGAGAUCACGUCGCUUGCUUGGUGUGUGCUAUAUAGUUGUCAAGGUGUCAUUAUUAGUGGUGGUAGAAAUAGGUGUUUUUCCUCUUAUCUGUGGCUGGUGGCUGGACAUUUGUUCGCUGGAAAUGUUUGAUGCUACUUUGAAGGAUAGAGAAUUAAGCUUUCAGUCUGCCCCUGGCACUACAAUGUUCCUACAUUGGCUAGUCGGAAUGGUAUAUGUCUUCUAUUUUGCAUCCUUCAUCCUCCUCCUGAGAGAAGUACUGAGACCUGGUGUCCUCUGGUUUUUGAGGAAUUUAAAUGAUCCCGAUUUUAAUCCAGUUCAAGAAAUGAUUCACUUGCCCAUUUAUAGACAUCUCAGGAGGUUUAUUUUGUCAGUGAUUGUCUUUGGUUCAAUUGUCUUGCUCAUGCUUUGGCUUCCUAUACGAAUUAUUAAAUAUCUGCUGCCUCACUUUCUACCAUAUAACGUAAUGCUCUAUAGUGAUGCUCCUGUAAGUGAACUUUCCUUAGAAUUACUUUUGCUUCAAGUGGUUCUGCCAGCUUUGCUUGAACAAGGACACACAAGGCAGUGGCUGAAGGGGCUUGUACGAGGAUGGACUGUUACUGCUGGCUACUUAUUGGAUCUUCAUUCUUACUUACUGGGAGACCAGGAAGAGAAUGAAAACAAUGCAAACCAGCAGCCUAAUAACCAACCAGCUCGCAAUAAUAAUGCCAUUCCAGUUGUAGGAGAAGGUCUGCAUGCAGCCCACCAAGCCAUAUUACAACAAGGAGGACCUGUUGGUUUUCAGCCUUAUCACCGGCCUUUAAAAUUUCCACUCAGGAUAUUUUUGCUGAUCAUUUUCAUGUGUAUAACACUCCUGAUUGCAAGUCUUAUCUGCCUUACAUUACCAGUGUUUGCUGGCCGCUGGCUGAUGUCUUUUUGGACAGGAACUGCUAAAAUCCAUGAAUUAUAUACAGCUGCUUGUGGACUGUAUGUUUGCUGGCUAACAAUUAGGGCUGUGACAGUACUUGUUGCUUGGAUGCCACAAGGUCGUCAAGUGAUUUUUCAGAAGGUAAAGGAAUGGUCCCUUAUGAUAAUGAAGACAUUAAUUGUUGCUGCAUUGCUGGCUGGUGUAGUUCCACUCCUGCUUGGACUUUUGUUUGAGCUAGUCAUUGUUGCUCCUCUAAGAGUUCCCUUGGAUCAGACUCCACUAUUCUACCCCUGGCAGGACUGGGCCCUUGGUGUUCUGCAUGCUAAAAUAAUUGCUGCCAUAACUUUAAUGGGGCCACAGUGGUGGCUGAAAACAGUCAUUGAACAGGUUUAUGCAAAUGGAAUUCGAAAUAUUGACUUACACUUUAUAAUACAGAAGCUUGCAGCACCUGUUAUUUCAGUUUUACUGCUUUCUCUCUGUGUACCUUAUAUUGUAGCUUCUGGUGUUACACCUUUGUUAGGUGUCACUCCUGAGAUGCAAAAUUUAGUACAACGACGGAUUUAUCCUUUUCUACUCAUGGUAGUGGUUUUGAUGGGAAUCUUAUCCUUUCAGGUCCGUCAAUUCAAGCGCCUUUAUGAGCAUAUUAAAAAUGAUAAAUAUCUUGUUGGGCAACGACUUGUGAAUUAUGAACGAAAAACUGGGAAACCAGGGACAUCACCGUCACCACCUCAGUCUUCACAAGAAUAGAAAUGGUCACAUGGAAAUUACUUGAUCUUCCUUUGCCUUUGUGUUCUUUGUCAUAGACUGGUCAUUAUUAUUUGGGUAUUUCCAAACUAUUUUCUCAGCUGGGGUUUUAUAUUUUAAUUUUGGUUUCUUUUCUCAUGGCAUUCAGAUAGCAGUUAAGGCUGUGUAUUAUCUGCAAUUUCUGAAUUUACCAGUACUGAGAUCUGUAAAUGUGUAAAUAGCAAUAUCCCAAUACCCUAAAACCUUGGAUUAAAAAUGAAUGUUCAUUGUACAUCUUUAAAGAUUAUUAAUUUAUUAAAUCUAGUUGUCACUUUAUUUUGGAUUGCUGUUCUGUUGACAUAUGUGCCACAAAACAAUAUUGCUGUAGGCAAGAUAUAUAUUUCAAAAGAAUCAAUUGCAUUUUUAUAGCAAUGGCUAGCUUAUCAAGGAUAUGAAAAUGAAAUAACCAUUACAGUCAGCAGUGAAGUGGCUGUGAUAAGAAAACAUGAAUUUCAUUUGAUUUUUUAAAAAAUAUUUCUGUAUAACAUCAAAGCUGUUGUACAUUUUCUAUUGCCUGAUUAUUAUUUUUUCCAUGUGAUUUCAUUUGUAAUACUGUACAGUAGAAUGGAUCAGGACAAAUUUUCUCCUUCAGACAAUUUUAAUCACUUGGUUGUGAAGCAUUAAUUUUUUGGAACUGGAAGACAGAAUUUUAAUGAAAUUUUAUGCAUUUAAAAUUCAUUACAACCAGUGGCAUAAAUACUUAAAUCAGCUAAUUGAGAGGUUUGUGUAAGAAUUUAUUUCCAUUGUGUAUGCCAAUAUUUCCUUUGUUACGAAUUGAAACGUGCAAAGAUUUAUUUACAUUGGAAUAUAGGAGAAAUGGCUAUCUGACUUACUUACCAAAUACAGAAAAGUAAAUGAUAAAAAAUGCAACAACCUUUUCUGAAUUGCUAGAACUUUAUUACAACCAAAAUCACAAAGCAUACCAUGGAGCUCAUACUCUCUUUUAUUAAAAAUGAGCAUCUGUAAUUAUAGAAAUGGUCAGCAUUCUGCAUGGCAAUUAAUUCUGAAGGAUUUAUGAAUUUGUGUAUAUGAAAGGGAAUCUAAAUACUAUAGUAUUAACAGCUAGAAUAAGAAACAGAAACAUUAAAGAAUCAGUUGAUUUUUACAAUAAUUGCACCAAAAGUAUCCCCCAAGUCAAGUUAUUUUUAUAUGUAUAAUUCUUUUCUGCAGGUAAUAAUAAUAUAUUUUAAUGUUGUUACUUCUGAAACACAAGAUGAAAUAUGAAACCUUUCAAUUUCUUUAUGUGCUUGAAAAUGCAAUAUCCUAUUCAAAAAUGGCAAGAAGUUUUUAGAUUUAUUGUAUUCAGAAAAUGCUAUGCAGCUGUGUUACCACUCAGGACUGCACCCCUGAAUAUAAUGUAGUUAAAUUAUGUUAUCAAAUAGCUUGCUGUCUUCAGCAUGUUUUUGUACUGAAAAGAGUUAUUUGGGUUCUAUGAUUUUAGGAUGGGGAUGAAGAUUUGGAGUCUAGAUUUCCAAUAAUUUAUACUCAUGCACACUGCUGAAGUACAGUAGAAAUGGGGUUGUGCUCUUUUUCCACUACUGAUAAUUUGAGCAUUAUUUCUAUUUUGGCAGUUUGAGUAAUACAAGGAUUAAUGCUUUUUUAUUUUGAUGCUGUUAAAUGUUUUUGACAUUGCUCUCAUUAAAAAACAUAGUAAUGAGAAGAUAGCCAAAAUCCCCCACUUGCUUUUAACUGUCUGUACUUUAGACAGAUCUUACUUGUGAGUUUUUGCAUCUAUUUCUUUUGGAAAUGCAAAUACUACAAUUUCAGUAUUUUGUGCAAGAAUAUAGUUUGCCCACAAUUACAGCAUUUUCUAGCGACAAACUUUCAGUUGCACAAAAUUAGCUCUUGACAUCUUUGUU